AUGAGCGGGCACUACAACCUCAAAGCGUUGAUCAAGGCCAUAAGGUCUUGCAAGACCUUGGCGGACGAACGAGCAGUCAUCCAAAAGGAAUCAGCGGCUGUCCGAACAUCAUUCAAAGAAGAAGACUCCUUCACACGAUACAAUAACAUUGCAAAACUCCUGUACAUCCACAUGUUAGGUUAUCCAGCGCAUUUCGGUCAGAUCGAAUGUCUUAAACUCGUCGCUUCGCCUCGAUUCGCAGACAAAAGAUUGGGAUAUCUCGGUAUUAUGUUAUUGUUGGAUGAGAAUCAGGAGGUUUUGACGUUGGUGACGAAUUCGUUGAAAAACGAUAUGAACCAUUCCAACAUGUAUGCCGUGGGCUUAGCACUCUGUACAUUCGCCAACAUAUCUUCCGAGGAGAUGUCAAGGGAUUUAGCCAAUGAGAUUGAAAAGUUAUUGGGGAGUAGUAACACCUACAUCAGGAAGAAGGCCGCUUUAUGCGCACUGAGAAUUAUCCGACGUGUACCUGACCUAAUGGAUCAUUUCAUAACAAAAGCCAAAAUGUUGAUUCAAGAUAGGAAUCACGGUGUAUUGUUAGCUGGUAUCACGCUGAUAACUGAGAUGUGUGAGAUUGACGAGAAAGUUUGCGAUGAAUUUAGAAAAGCAACAGGCUAUCUGGUCAAACAUCUCAAGAACCUAGUAACCACAGGUUAUUCAGCCGAGCACGACGUUCUAGGUAUCACCGACCCUUUCCUCCAAGUGAAAAUAUUACGAUUACUACGUCUUCUUGGAAGAGGCGAUCCGGCUUCGUCUGAGAUAAUGAAUGAUAUCCUAGCUCAAGUCGCGACUAAUACGGAUAGUACGAAGAAUGUCGGAAAUUCAAUCCUGUAUGAAACUGUCUUGACGGUUUUGGAGAUUGAGGCGGACUCGGGUUUGAGGGUUAUGGCUAUCAAUAUCCUAGGGAAGUUCUUGAGCAACAGAGAUAAUAAUAUUAGAUAUGUAGCUCUCAAUACUCUCAACAAAGUUGUAUCGAUCGAUACCAACGCUGUCCAACGACACCGAAAUACGAUAUUAGACUGUCUUCGAGAUGGCGAUAUCUCUAUCCGUCGAAGAGCACUGGAGUUAUCAUACGCUUUGGUCAACGAAGGAAAUGUCCGAGUGAUGAUCAGAGAAUUAUUGUCGUUCUUGGAAGUAGCAGAUAAUGAGUUCAAGCUCGGUAUGACCACUCAGAUCUGCUUGGCGGCUGAGAGGUUCGCACCGAAUAAGAGGUGGCAGAUUGAUACGGUUUUGAGGGUGCUGAAACUGGCCGGUAAUUACGUUCGAGAAGAGAUCUUAGCGGCUUUCAUUCGACUCACAUGCCAUACACCCGAACUUCAAUUCUACACUGCUCAAAGACUUUACGCAGCCCUAUCGAAUGAUCUAUCGCAAGAGAGUUUGACACUUGCUGCUGUUUGGAUCAUCGGAGAAUUUGGAGAUGUACUCUUACAGGGUGGUACAAUUGAUGAUGGAGAAGAGGUCAAGCAGGUAACAGAUACAGAUUUGAUUGAUCUCCUUAACCUCGUCCUAUCUUCACCAUAUACCAAUACCCUCAUUCGCCAAUUCGUCCUUACUGCCUUAUCGAAAUUAUCCGUCCGAUUCAAGGAACUUUCCACACCUCAACAAUCUCAUAACCAAGAUAGGAUCGCAGAGAUCUUAGCCGGAUUUUCAAGUAAUUUGGAAUUGGAGAUUCAGCAGAGAGCAGUUGAAUUUAGUAAUUUGUUUGGAUUGAAUGAUGUCAAACUUGGUGUAUUGGAGAGAAUGCCUCCUCCUGAGAUCAGAGCGACUAUCAUGGGUACUGUGAGCGAACGUAAACCCGUUGGAUCAACUCGGACGGAUAAGGAUACGGUGGUAGAUCUCAUCGGAGACGACCUCACUUCCCCAACCAAUGGCAACUUACCUUCAGCUUCAUCUGGUCCAUCAACUCAAGAUCUAUUGGCGGAUAUAUUCGGCGGUGGAUCUUCUGAUUUAGGUGGAGGAGGUGUUACAUCACCAACAAUUCAGCAGAAUGGUAAAUCGACAUCCGCCGCUGCUGAUAUAAUGUCAUUAUUCGACUCGACACCCACACCUGCUGCGCAAUCCACCUCGACUUCUAGAUCACCUGCAAUUUCUCCUGGCUUGAGCAGUGGUGGAGGUACAGGAUCAUUAUUCGAUUUAGUAACUCCCUCAAAUUCUACUCCUCAAACAGUUGCUCAGCAGCCACAACCUCAAGCACAACCGCCGAAAUCGAAUUUACAGAGCUAUAGGGCAUAUGAAAAGAAUGGAUUGAAGAUCACCUUGACACCUAAAGUAGCACCGAAUCAACCUGGUUUAAUACAGAUCUUGGCUAGGUUCCAAAAUACCACCGGGGAGAUUAUUGGAGGAGUCAACUUCCAGGUUGCUGUGCCUAAAACACAACAACUUCAGAUGCAAGCUAUGUCAUCAUCUGAUAUCUCGGCUGGAUCGACGGAAACUCAACAAAUGAGAAUACAUGCUCCUGCAGGUGCUGCGAUAAGAUUACGAAUGAGAAUCUCAUACAAUCAAUCAGGUCAAAACGUCACUGAUCAACAGGAUUUCUCGGGAUUCCCAGCUGAUUUGACUGGAUCAAAGUGA